GGCCAUCCAUUUUCCUGUCGUCUGUUAUCCGCGCACUAAUGAAGGCGUUGAUACUAAUCGGCGGUUAUGGCACUAGAUUACGUCCCUUAACACUUAGUAUUCCCAAACCCCUAGUCGAAUUCGCAAACAAACCAAUGUUACUACAUCAAAUCAAAGCUUUACUUGAAGUUGACAUUACUGAAAUUAUCCUUGCAAUCAACCGUGAAGCUGAAGUUUUGGAAUCGAGUAUAAGAGAAAGUUGUGAUAAAGUAAUCCAAAACACCAGUGUAAAAAUUGUUUUCUCUUACGAAAAAGAAGCACUGGACACAGGAGGUCCACUUGCACAGGCAGCGCCAUUUUUAGCAGGGGAAAGGUUUUUUGUUCUAAACAGCGAUAUCAUUUGUAAUUAUCCUUUCAAAAGAAUGCUAGAAUUCCACAUAUCUCAUGGAAAAGAGGGUACAAUGGCAGUCACAAAAGUUGAAGAGCCAUCAAAGUAUGGUGCUGUGGUGCACAAUGAUCAAACAGGUCUUGUAAAACGUUUUGUUGAAAAACCAUCGGAAUAUGUCGCUAACAGAAUUAACGCUGGACUCUACAUUUUUGAGCCUACCAUUCUCAAGCGUAUCGAGGCCAAGCCGAUGUCCAUUGAAACAGCUGUUUUUCCAGCAAUGGUGAGGGAUUCUGAACUGUACUGCAUUGAGUUCUCAGGGUUUUGGAUGGAUAUUGGUCAACCUGCAGAUUAUCUAACGGGCAUGCGACUAUAUUUGGGCCAUUUAUAUGAAUGUAAAUCACCUUUGUUAACAGUUGAUCCAAAUUUGAUAGGAAAUGUUCUUGUCCACGAAACUGCAAAAAUAGGUCACGGUUGUCGAAUAGGCCCUAAUGUGACCAUUGGUGCAGGUGUCAUAAUUGAAGAUGGCGUACGUAUAUCUAACUCAGCUAUCUUUUCAAAAUCAAUCAUCAAAUCUCACUCUUGGUUAAAUAAUUGUAUUGUUGGCUGGAGAUCAGUUGUUGGAAAAUGGGUAAGAAUGGAAAAUGUUACAGUUCUAGGAGAAGAUGUAACUGUGAAAGAUGAACUCUUCCUUAAUGGAGCACUUGUUCUUCCUCAUAAUUCAAUAUCACAAUCUGUUUCUGAACCACAUAUAAUUAUGUAAUCUAAUUUCUAUUUUUUUUAAAAUAGUAAAUCUAGUAUAUUGUAUAUGAUACUUGUCAUUCUGUAAAACAUUUUAAUUUAGUUAUCAGUUACUGUGAAUUUGUAAACACUUUAAACAAUGUCAUGUAUUAAAAUAUUUUCAAACAUGUUACAUUAGUUACAAGUUUAGUUAUAUUUAUGAAAUCUGGAUCCAUAGCUUUUAAUAUUCUAAGAAUUUUUGAACCUUUUAUUCCUUCAUGGGCUGCUUCUUAAUUUUCAUUGAUGUUUUUAUGCUACUUAAUUAUUAUUAUUAUUACUGAUUUCUGUGGGGGGUAUUUUUUUCUUUCUAAUUUUAUGUGAAAUUUUUAAGGAAGACUAUAGAAUUUAAUUCAUUUUAGUAACAUUGAUAAACAAUCAUAAAUACGAAAGUUUGGUUUUAUAAUUUAAUUUUAUGAAAUAUUCAUUGAUAUUCAUUUUCAAUAAGUAUUUUUUGUUACAGUGUCAUCUCUUCUGUUGAUAAUGUUCGAAAUAAGAAUCCAUC